UGAAUUAGUGAUACACCGACGACGAACUGUUCCUUUCCUUUCGCCUACUCCUCCUCCGCAACCGCGUCGUGUCAAAGGGAAACACUCCGGUGAGACUGCACCGGACUCGUAACUGAAAGAGCUUUCUCGAUUAAGGAUUCUAGAACUUAGGGUUUUGCAGCAUCGGAAACCGAGCGUUUUUGGUGUUUGAAUUCAAGAUUCAGGUUCUGCGAAUCAAUUGCCGAAUGUGAGCUCCGAGUUCUGAUGAAUUAGGUUUUUGUUUUUCUUGAGAUUGGACCGGAUUCUGGUGCGGUGGUACGCCUUGAUGUGAGUGGAAGGUUGGUGGUUAGGUUUAGGGUUUGUGGUUCGAUGGGGAGCACUGGUGAGGCAGACCGGAAACGGCGCCAUUUUACCUCCAUAUCGCCCACCGCCGUUGCGGCAAAGAAACAACCGUUCUUGCCAAUUUCUGAGGAGAAGAAGCUUGAUGCAGCAGUUCUGCAGUUUCAGAAUCAAAAGCUUCUAGAAAAGUUAGAAGCUCAAAAAAUUGAGCAUUCUUCCCUUGAGAAUAAGUUAUCUCAGCUGAAGGAAAAACAACAGCUAUAUGAUUCUACCUUAAAGGUGGUCAAUAGGUCUUGGGAAGGGCUGAUUACUGACUUGGAAUCACGUUCCAUCUGUGCACAAGAGUCAAGCAGUAGAGAAAAUGCCAGGCCUACAUCAAUUGUGGAUGGUGUGCCGCCUCCAUCUUCUGCAGAAGCUGCAUUUCUCAGCAGACUUACUGAGACAGGUGCAACUGAAAAUUCCUCUUCCGAUAAUUCCCCUGCACUUAUGGACAACAGAGAAGAAGGAGUCUCUGAAAAGGCUAGGAAUAUAUUGAUGAAUAUAGUAGCUGCUAUUAAUGAUCUGUGGAAUCUGAAGAAUUGUUUGUAUUCUGCAGUUUUGAAAGAGCUUCCAGACCGUGGUGCUGGCAGGCAAAAGCCAUCUGGUGAACUAGAAUCAGAAGUUAAAAUUCUAAGAUUGGCAAUAAAUGAUCUUCAUCUGAAGCACAAGUCUCUGGCAAGAGAAUUGCAGAGUCAUCAAGAUAUUGAUGCAAAGAAUAAAGCGGAGCUUAAACGACUGAAAGGGGAACUGGAUGGUGUGGCUGCCGAACUGGAAGAAAGUAACUGCUAUCUGGCAGCUCUUAGAGCAGAAAAAGAUGCAACUAAAGGGGCUUUUUUCCCAAUCUUAAAUAUUGGGAGUAAGCAUGUUGCUGGUGAUAGGGUCAAAGAUAGGCAGAGAGAUCUGCAAGAUAUGGAGUCUACUCUCAAAGAGCUAUUGGACCAAUCUUCAUCAAGGUUAGUGGAACUAAAAAGUCUUCAUGAAGAAAGGAUAAGAAUAUUACAGCAACUAUCAUAUUUGCAGAAUAAGUUAAAGAGUGUGAAAUUUAUUUCUUCUUCCCAAGCCUACCUUUUUGUGAAAGAGCAACUAGAGAAAUCAAAGUCAGAAGUUCUUCAGUAUCAAGCUUUACUUGAGAAACUACAGUCUGAGAAAGACAAUCUUGCUUGGAGGGAGAGGGAAGUGAGCAUAAAAAAUGAUUUAGUUGAUGUUUUCCGAAGAACAUCAGCAGUUGCAGAUUCUAGAGCCUCUGAUCUAGGAAUAGAGAUACAGAGACAAAUUGAUGAAAUGAAGAAAAUUAAAACUAAGCUGGAAGAGGCAUCAAGAGAGCCUGGAAGAAAAGUAAUAAUUGUAGAAUUUAAAAGCUUGCUUUCCUCAUUUCCUGAGGAAAUGAAUACCAUGCAAAGUCAAUUAAGUAAGUACAAAGAGGCUGCUGUAGAUAUUCAUUCACUGCGGGCUGAUGUGCAGUCUCUCUCUAAUGUUCUUGAUAGGAAGGCAAAGGAGUGCAAGAAUUUAUCUGCAAGAUGUGCUGAUCAAAUUGCUGAGAUGCAUAAGUUGCAAGUUAUGGUGCAAGAACUAAAGGAAAGUGAUGUGGAGUUGAAGUUAAUUUUGGAUAUGUAUAGACGUGAAUUGACUGAUUCAAGGGAUGUGUCAGAAGCCAGAGAUUCAGAGUACAAGGCAUGGGCUUGUGUUCAAAGUUUGAAAUCCUCUCUUGAUGAGCAAAAAUUGGAAUUACGAGUUAAGAUAGCAAAUGAAGCUGAGGCUGUAUCUCAGCAAAGAUUGGCUGCUGCAGAAGCUGAGAUUGCUGACUUGAGACAGAAACUGGAGGGUUCUAAAAGGGAGAAGGCUAGGCUUUCUGAUGCUUUGAGAUCAAAAAAUGAAGAAAAUGAGGCUUACCUAUCAGAAAUAGAGACAAUUGGACAGGCAUAUGAUGAUAUGCAAACACAAAACCAACAUCUCUUGCUGCAAAUUACAGAGAGAGAUGACUAUAACAUUAAGCUUGUUUUGGAGGGGCUGAAGGCAAAACAACUGCAAGGAGCUCUACUACUGGAGAAACGCACCAUGGGCAGGGAAAUUCAGCUAGCCAGUGCAUCUCUUGAAUUUUAUGACGUGAAAGCUUCAACAAUUGAGGAUCAGCUGAGAUUUUGCUCAGACCAGAUUCAAAAGAUUUCAGAAGAUAGAUCUCAGAACUCAGUUUCUCUGGGACAUAUGCUAAAACGAUUGUCAGAUGUUGGAAAAUCAUCUCUUCAAGUGAGGGAAUCACUGCUGGAGUCACAAUCAAACAUUGAGAAAAAUCGAGGGGUUCUUGUUGAGUUGCAGAUAGAAUUAGAAGAAGAAGGGUUUUACAAGAAAAGAAUAGAGGAGGAGCUGGAAGUGGCAAGGAGGAAACUGUCAUGUCUUCAGGCCCAGAUAGAGGGGUCAUCAAUUGUAGAAAAGCUUCAACAAGAACUUAGGGAAUACAAGGAAAUAUUAAAGUGCGGUAUCUGCCUUGACAGACCAAAAGAGGUUGUCAUUACCAAAUGCUACCAUCUGUUCUGCAGCCCUUGUGUACAAAGAACGCCAGAAAGUCGACAUCGAAAGUGUCCAGUUUGUGCUUCAAGUUUUGGCCCCAAUGAUAUCAAACCUGUUUAUAUCUGACUGAAAAUUGGGGAAGCUCUGUUAUUUGCUGCUUAUCAUUGACUCAGCCAGCAUCUCCAGGUCCAGGUACAUUGAUAUGUUUUGGUACGAGGAUGCUAGCAGUUUCUUUAUGUAUCAUUAUUGAGAGAAUUGCUGAGAACUAAUGAUGGCAGGAACCUUAAAUUUCUGUCCACCUACCCUGUGCAAAAUCAUCUUAGGUUUGCUUCUAUGUUUUCAAAUAGUUGGUUUCACUAAAUUUCAAUGCGGCAAUAAUGUUUGCUUCUUCAUUUAACUGAUUGGAGCCAUUGUAGUCUCUUGAUUUAUUAUUUUUUGUGAUUAUGUAGUGAAAUAAAAUUUUAUCAUGCUAGGCCUUUACUAAUAAUAAUUAUAAUAAUAACACAGUAUCCUGGCUUGGUGAAACAAAAUUCAGUUCCAACAAUUGUCCACCGAUUUUCACUCAGCUGAAAAUACCUGUAGUAUUAAUGGCAUAUUGGUUCCAUAGUUCCUUAGAGCACACUGUUUUUCUUAUUUCUUUCUCUUUAUUCCUUAUGUCAGGACGUUGCAUCACUUUUCAUUUCUAUUAUUUAAUUAAGCUGUCUUUUACUUAUAGUUUGCAUCUGAUAUACUUGGUAAUGGCAUUUGUGGACAUACUAGUACUGCUCAUGAGCAAGGCUGGCACUUGUGUACACGCAAUGGAAACAGGUUGCAGGAAUUAGUGGCCUAUUUACAUAGAUGUAUUAUUAAGACAUGUUUCUGUUUGAUUUGCAGCUGCCAUGUUUGAUUUUGAGUUAGCAUGAAACAAACACUAUGGAUUUACUGAUUGGUAUAUUAUCCUAACCAUAUGUCAUCUGUUUUAUUAUAGAGGGGAUAAGCUGUGGCUGUGACGUUGCAGGUAACCAUUUGUUUCCGCUCAAUGGAGAACUUAUUAGUGCAGAAUCGUGUAAUUCCAACUUAUUCUUAAUAUUAUACUUUGUUUCUUUGAGGGGAAAAGUUUAAGAUG